UUCCUCCGAUUUUUUAGCUAAAGAUUUGAAAAAGUUUCCAUAUUUUCUUUUUAUUGAGGCAGUGAUAUGUUCCAAGUGGAAAAGUCUCGUUAUUUUCCUUCUACAUACGAACCAGCACUUCAAACCGAUUCAAGUAACUCACGCGGUCAAUGCAGGAAUCCGGAAAUCUCGAAAAUUUAGCACGACUGACAAAGACAAUGGACGUUCAAUCUCGCUUGCACUCAGAGUUUGUCAAAAUACAAUCCAAAAAUCCGGGCAGGGCUCAUUCUACCUGGCCGACUUCAGCUCCGACCCGUCAGUGCCUGCUUUGAUUCAAGCCUUACAAACUUCAUCGAUCCCAACCGUUCUGACAACUCACUACUGCGAGCUAACAAACUUCCGGGAUAAACCUCAGGUUAGGAAUAUUUUAUUUUUCCUUGAUGAUUUGGAGGAGAUCCCAAGUCUGAUUUUAAGUUCGGCUUCGAGAGAAAAUAUUCAUCACAAGGAUUGUAAGCACAACAAAAUUAAACGUGCUAACUUAACAUCCUCCGAGUCCAGAAGAAUGAGAACAUUUCCAAGUUACUGCAUCACAGUUGAUGGGCACUCGCAGUUAACGAUGGAUCGAAUUUGUGACGAGCAAAUGUUCAUCUCCUCCGAUGAGCUGAUAGGCUCCUCAGUUUUAUCAGAUCAGAAUUUAAACUUGACCCGCGGUUUGUACACAAACCCAAUUUGGAACUCAAAUAAUUACUUGAUUUUCAUGCUCAGUGAGAUUGACCCGGAUUUGUGUCAUUCUCCAACCUGUGUCCUCCCACCAACACAGAAUUAUGCUCUAAAUUCAGGAAACAAAACCUUCACCCCGAACGGAAAUGAUGCAAUGAUCUUUUGUUUUAAAUUUUUCUGGCGGUUUUUUCGCGGACUGAAAACAAUCAUCUGCUACAAAGAGAUCGGCUGCAGUAGAUACGACCCUUUCACCGAAAAUAUCCGGUGGUACGACGGUGGAGAUAACGAGGCUUAUUUCGACUUUGCCGUAACUAACAUGCAGAAGAAAACAGUAAGACUAUUAAUGGACGACUACGAGGGUGACAUCGUUAUGGAGUGGUAUCUCGCCGAAUGGAUGAUGUUCGUCCAAAUUGAAAUCAUAAAAGCAUUAAUGGCAUCUUUGAACUGCACGACAACGUAUUGGACAGGUUACGCCAAUAGGCAGAUCGGACAUGAAAUCGGUCAAAAAUUUGACAUCGAUUUGCAGCAAGUAGAGUUAGGCACAACCAUAAUUCCGGCUGACCACUCAAAGUUCGAUUUUUCAGUCGGAGUAGAAACGGAAGCUACGUGCGUUCUAGUGCCGCACAGUAAGCUGGUGCCGCAGUGUUUGGUGCCGUUCAAAGUUUUUUCGGUUCCGGUCUGGGUUUUCAUCGUCAUUACAGUCGCCGCAUUCCUCUUGACGCUACAUAUUUUCCUUUACGUUCACAGAGGGUGUCUCAGCGGCUUAUAUUCGGAAAGAGAAAUUUCUCUGUUCGAUAAUUUUUCGUCGGUUUACACGGUGUACGCUUACUUUAUGUGUGGUAGUCCGCCACGUAUACUCCUCGGUAGGCUACUAACCGGAAAAAUCUUAUUUAUAAUUUUCAUUUUCUCUGCGCUCAUCAUCUCUACGAUUUUUCUAGGCGGAAUGACUACGUUGCUAACGAAUACGGUGCAUUAUCCCGAAAUCGAUACCCUGAAGGAUUUGGAGGGUUCCGAUCUGUCCAUUCAGGUCUCAGACGUUGAAGCCGCGGCAACAUUUUUCUCUCAGCUCGGUCUGUCGGAGGAGAUGAGAGCCAAAUUGGAUUGCAGUUUAGGGUACUACAUAAUGACGGAAUCUAUUUGGUAUGUUCAACAGCCAAAUAAUGAACAACAGGUCUGGCAGCUUGCUGGCACUCGAGACAUCGGAAAUGAGAUUGAUCCAAACUCUGAUCCUGUGACGAUUUCGGAGCAGUUCACGAAAAAUGUUCACGGGAUUAUGGAGGAAGAUGCGUUUUUAGUUUCUCUGCCGCGUACCCUCAGUCGUUCAGGGGACCGUAUUAUCCUUACCAAAUGGCCCUACAAGGAGAAAUUUGAGUACCAUUUGGUUCCAGAGUGCCUGAAAUCGAAUUCUUACUUUUUCAAAUUCUUGAAAAACUCGAUUUUGUUCGACGCCUACAAACGAAAAACUGCGCUAUUUCUGGAAGCCGGUCUAAUCGGUAAAACCUUCGAACCGAGUCGGUAUCAAUUCGACCAACCAGAGGCCGCCCCUCCACCACCGAAAGACAAUGAGCCCAGGCCUUACGGUUUAAAUGACUUACAGCUACCGUUUUUAAGUCUUGUUUUAGGUCUUCUUUUAAGUUUGAUCGUUUUCAUUGCGGAGAUAGUUGUAGAAGACUUUGAGAAUGUUGCUGUAUUCAGACAAUUGAGACAUUUUAAAAAAUACUUGUCCGCGAAAAAAUUAAUUCGGAAAUAAACGGUGAUAGAUGUUGUAUGCAAGAUUUAAUUGUUCUUUUUGACUGUGAGGUACUAGGUAGGUUUAAAAUUACAUGCACUAUGCAUACUACUUCAGAUAGACACUUUUAUGCUUUAAAAAAUCACGUGAAAAGCAGUAAAUCAGAAGGAGCUGCACUGAUAAACAUAUUUGUGUCCUUGUGUUACUUUUGAUGAGUGCAGGAGGUGAAACACAAAUUUUUUGUUGAUUUUGGUAUCACUGAAAAAGAAGUUCGGUGAUUCUUACCGAACCCUUCGGUAUACGGUUGUUCGGUGGCACAAACCAAAGAAUUGGGUUUUGUGAACCGAACGGCAUUACGGCGUUCGGAACACACGACCAACCGAGUUCGGUAAGAACUUUUAGGGUCAUGGAAACCGAUCAUUUGGUAAUGCGCAUCGAACUUUCAGUAUAUAUUCAGAGAUUGUCGGAAGCGUUCGGUUGGCGUCGUAUUAUUAUGUGUUGAUCCAUAGAUAUGUUCAAAUACGUUUUUCUCAUUCUUGCCUUUGUGUCCUUAUUGAUUUUUGAAAUCCAUGCUGAUAUUUUUUCUGUAAAUAAA